CAUUGCCUCAUUCUCUUCUAAUUCCCACUCACUAUCACCUUCGCUAUCUGAAAUCCCAUUGGUACUCCGACGACUAUUCCAAUCAUAACUUCCAAACCUUCUCCAGCUCUGUCCUGUUUCCUGUAAACAGCCAAGAAUGGCCGGCAUGACCGAUCGAGCACAGUGCUUUCCCCCAAGAUGUGUGUGGGUGAACGGUCCGAUCAUCGUCGGAGCUGGCCCGUCCGGCUUAGCCGUCGCAGCGUGCCUGAAGGAGCACGGCGUGCCCUUCGUCGUCCUCGAGCGGUCCGACUGCAUUGCCUCCCUCUGGCAAAAGCGUACCUACGACCGCUUGAAGCUCCACCUCCCCAAGCAGUUCUGCCAGCUUCCCAAGUUCCCCUUCCCCGAUGAUUUCCCCGAGUAUCCUACCAAGAAGCAGUUCAUAGAUUACUUGGAGUCGUACGCUCAGCACUUCCAGAUCCGCCCGCGGUUCAACCAGUCCGUGCAGUCGGCGAGGUUCGAUGAAACGUACGGAUUGUGGCUGGUGAGGACUGUAGGGUCCGGCACCGCGGCAGCAAGCCGGUGCCACGAGGUAGAGUACAUUAGCAGGUGGCUGGUGGUGGCGACCGGCGAGAAUGCAGAGAAGGUAGUCCCCGAGCUGGUGGGCCUGGGGGAGUUCGGCGGCGACCUGAUGCAUGUCUGCGACUACAAGUCUGGCGAGGCCUACCGCGGGAAGCGCGCGUUGGUGGUCGGCUGUGGCAACUCCGGCAUGGAGAUCUGCCUCGAUCUCUGCGACUACGGUGCCUUCCCGGCUAUGGUGGUCCGCGAUUCGGUUCAUGUUCUGCCGCGGGAGGUUCUCGGGAAAUCGACAUUCGAGUUGGCCGCUCUCCUGAUGAAUUGGCUGCCGCUGUGGCUAGUGGACAAGACUUUGCUGGUGUUGGCGCGGCUUGUGCUGGGCAACGUAGAGAAGUACGGCCUGAGGAGGCCUUCAACCGGUCCUGUGGAGCUCAAGAACACAGAGGGGAGGACCCCUGUUCUGGACGUAGGAGCUCUUGGUAAGAUAAGAUCCGGUGACAUCAAAGUGGUCCCCGGAAUCAAGAGGUUCUCCCCGGGAAAAGUCGAGCUCGUCGACGGCCGAAUCCUCCACAUUGACUCCGUCAUCUUGGCGACGGGAUACCGCAGCAACGUCCCUCAGUGGCUUCAGGGAUGUGAUUUCUUCUCCAAAGAUGGGUUUCCCAAGACGCCAUUCCCAAACGGGUGGAAAGGACAGUGUGGACUCUACACUGUCGGUUUCACGAGGAGAGGCCUCUCUGGCGUUUCCUCGGAUGCAGUGAGGAUAGCCGACGACAUCGGCAGUAUGUGGAAAGAGGAACUGAAGUUGGCGAGGAGACCCAUCGCCUGCCAUGGGAGAUGCAUCUCGCAGAUCUAAUAUGUGACUCGGAUUGUAGACCAGUGUAAAAUAGAUCGGCAAGAGUGCACAGAGCUCAUGUUUUGGAUUAGAAACGAGCCUAAUGAACAGAGAACAGUUGAUACUGAUCAUGAGGCUUUUCUCACGUUGACACCAUUGCAUAUCACUAAACCUCCCUCUCUCUUCUCCCUCAAACUCAAGGACAAACAAGACCAGCUGUGUGUAAUCUUUACAGAACAGUAAUAUGGCUAGAUGCUUGAGCAUGUAAGCUUGGCUUGAAGGAUGAUAACAUGAUAUAUGAGGACGACA